AUGUCCGAUGCGGAGCUUGAAGCGGUUAUUGCCCUCUGUUCGAUGAUGUCUGUUGACGACGAUUUCGCUCCACCAGCUCCGAAGAAGAGAUGCGUCGAGGCUGUAACUCCGCCAAAGGAAAAAGGGAACAGCAAGGGAACAAUUGUCCCUAAGAGUUCCACCUGCCAAGCUGCUUCUUCAAUUCUGCCUACCAAAAACAGUAUCGAUAUCAAGAAAAAAUAUGCUAACCAGGAACCGUCCACAUCAUUCUCUGGAAACUAG